AUGGCUUCUGAAAUGCUGUGCUUCCUGUGCUACAGCACUGAUUACACUUUCAGAAGCACUGCAUCCGCUAAAACCAGCUCGGUGGAGGAGUGGAAGCCGAUCGCUGUGGCAAAAAGAGUCAGGGCAUCGACAGAGGAGGGUCAGUUUGAGACGCUGCAGAACGGGACGCUGCUGGUCCGAUCCAUGACCAUUGAGGAUGAGGGGCUGUUCAAAUGCCAAGUAAUGAAGAAUGGGUUGGAGGGAUUCUCUGUGACUGGCGUCUCGGUCUUCAAGCCACCUGCCAAACCAGAGUUUAUAGAAAGUUACCCGACGUUUACAGCUGGAACACAUUCUGAGAUUGGAAAGUGUAUCGCGAAGGACGGAUAUCCCGUUGGUAACAUCACCUGGUAUAAGAAUGGCAAAGUGCUACUUCAUAAUGGAAAUGAGACACAAGUAAAAGUGCGUAUCAUGAAGAACCAGAACACCGGGCUUUACACAAUAGAGUCAACGUUAUAUUAUACACUAAGCAAAAAUGACAUGAAUGCCAAGUUCCUUUGUGAAGUGGUUUAUCCUUCCCAAGAGGGGAGUGACACGCAGAGCUCUGAACCCAUGAAGAUAGAUGUGUAUUAUCCAAUAGAACAUGUGAGGAUAGAAGUGGACCCGUCCAACCACGUGAUCAGAGAAGGUGACACCAUCACCCUGAGCUGUUUGGCUGACACCAACCCUUCACCAGCAGAAUACAUCUGGGAGAAAGAUGGGAAACAGCUCGGGGGCCUGGCCCAGCACAUGUUGCCGGUGGUGACGAAGAGGGAUGAAGGAGAGUACCGGUGCACUGUCUUCGACUUCGACUUCAACACCAAAUCGGCCGUCAUGGCAAUUCAAGUCAAAGCAAGAGAAGAUAACAAUGAGUUAGACAGAUUCGGAGUGAUUGCCGAAGAAAGUCAUUCUGCAGAUCAUCAUGGAAAGCCCAAACCCCUGAACAAGGCUGGCAUGGUCAUUGGGAUCAUCGUGACAUUAAUGCUCGUGGCUUUCUUCACCAUCAUAACCUACUACAUGUGUUACUACAGGAAGAAGACAGAGAAGAAACCGCUGGAGGAUUUAGAGGAGAGGAAUGCUAUGGAUCCAGGAAAUGUUUCUCUCACAGUGGAAAAGGUCGUCACAAAGGAGCAAUGAACGUGGACGCCAAAGAUCCAGCCUUGCGUAGUCUCCUCCAGUAAGAGUCCAGGACGUCAUUCAGGCAUAAAGAAGCCAACGAUCGAUCAAAAGCUUAGGCCUUUGUUGCGAAUGUUUUAUUUUGGCUCUUCAACGCAAUUUAAGAAGAAGUCCUCCAAUAUCUUCAACCUUGCCACAAUGGUUAUCUGCCAAGCCUUCGCGGGAAACAUUGACCCGCUCUUUGCACUAUUAAUGUCGGGUCUCCUCUUAAAACCUAUUUGCCUUGUCGGACGAAAUGCACAAUGCUUAUUUAGUUACCCGGUCCUGUUACCCUCUUCGUUCCGCGUCACGUGCGUUGCUUGUGAGUGUCCGUGUUUCAUAUUAUAAGGGGACGUUCCCUGUAGGGUCGCUGCCUUCGGACGCUCCAGCCAGUUCACAUGGUCCUGAUGCAAGGGCUGGGUGGACCUUCGGAGGCAGCGGCCCAGUUGACUGCUUUGUGUAACGUUUUAAA